CCUAUCCCUUCUUUUCCCAACUUCAUCGGUGUCCAUCCGUUGGCGCCAUUUCCAUCGCGAGAAGAAGAGCAGCGGACUGCGGACACGCAGUGCAGAGCCAGCCAACCAUGCUCCUCGCCGCACCCGAUUGCCUCACUUCGCUCCGUUACAAACCCACUUUUCUCUUCCCCAGAGGCUCGAGUUCGAAAUCAGUGAGCCGAACUCGGACGCGUCGGCGGCUCUGUAAAGCGAGUCUGAUCACCAACUCUGAAUCGUUCGAGGUGGGGAGGCUCUUCGGGAGCUAUGGGUUCAUGAACAUCACUAGCUAUUCAGGGUUCCAAUCAGGGACAGAUAUUGAAUAUUCAUCUGGAGAUUUGAGCCGAUUGGGGGUUCAAGAAGUGGGAGAAGGCACUGUAAAGAUCAGGCUUUACGAAGGGAGAGUUUCUCAGGGUUCACUUAGAGGGAUGCCAGUUAUUUUUAAGGUUUAUCCUGGACAACGAGCUGGUGGAAAGGAGGCUGAUAUGAUGGCUGCAAACGAGUUGAAUGCUCAUUCUUUCCUUCAAAGCAGUUCAGAAGGUAUUUGUCAGAAUCUUCUGAUACUUGUAGGUGGUUUUGAAACAAAAACUGGGGAGCAGUGGCUUGCUUUCCGUAAUGAUGGGAAAUAUAGUGCCGCAGACUAUGCAAAAGUUAUGAGUGAAAAAGUAUCAAAGAAUCUUGUACUAGGGGAACAGAUGUCCUGGAAUCAAUUUGAACAAGUGCAAAGAAUCAAACUCAGAAGAGAUUUUGUGAUUAAGCUGCUUCAGGGUGCCAUGAGAGGUCUAGCUUUCAUGCAUGAGCAUGAUAGAUUGCACCAGAGUCUUGGACCAUCUUCUAUUGUUCUUAACACAAUUAUAGAAAGAGAUGCUGCUUACUUAGUUCCUCGACUUCGGGAUCUAGCCUUUUCUGUUGAUAUCAGCUAUUCAUGUCUAGAAGAGGGUCCUGGCACACUCUCAGAGGGACUUUGGAGACGAGCAUCUGCUGCUGGUGCCUUCACAUUAAUGGAGAAGAGAGCCUUUGGAAUAGCAGAUGAUAUAUAUGAAGCAGGUCUUCUUUUUGCGUACUUAGCUUUUGUUCCAUUUUGUGAAGCAGGCAUAAUGGAUAGCCUUUCCUUGCAAAGGCUUUUGGAGAGCACUUUCCAGCUUGAUCUUGAAGCUACAAGAGAGUAUUGUUUAGCAGAUGACCGACUACUAGUUGCCGUCAAAUUCCUGGAUGUUGGUGAUGGUGCUGGUUGGGAGUUACUCCAGGCAAUGCUGAAUCCUGACUUCAGAAAAAGACCAAUCGCAGAGGCUGUAAUCAAUCAUCGGUUCAUGACUGGUGCCAUUCUUUGAGUUCCAGAGACUAAAGAAUAUGAUUUAUCACCUCUACUCAGCUUCUUUAUAACUCUCUUAUUGGGACAAAAUAUCCCGGGGACACGACAAAGUUGUAAGAAUGUAGAGAAGUUUGCCUAAACGAAGGGAAAUAAAUUUUAAGAUUCUAAAGAAUACUAUAUUUCAUGUA